GCUUUCUAUAAAGGUAUAAUGUCAGGUUCUGUGGCAUCUGGAUCAAGUGACAAAAGCGUCCCUGUUUGCCCAUAUUCACCCUACUAUGUAUAAAAAAAACAAAAAAAAACUAAACUAACCUAGGUCAUUUUUAUUUUUAUUUUAGUUAGUUUGUGAGUUAUGAAAAAAGUAUUUUAGUUUCAGUUUUUUCCAAUCAUUUCAGUUUUUAUUUUUAUUUCAGUUAACAGAAAUGUUUUUGUUUAGUUUUCAGUUUUGUUUUUGUUAACGAUGAUAUCACCAUUUAUAAGCACUGGCAGAUGUUUGUUUUAUUUUUUAUUUUGGUUAUGAUUACCCGAUCACUUGGAUAUAUUUACAACAGGGUUCCCACAGAAAUUUUUAAAUAAGGAUUUUCAGGUCUGGAAAAGUUAUAAAAAUUAACAAGAUCUUAGAAAGCUUUGGAAAAGUCUGCCUUAUUUAGCAUCAUUAAUCUACUCGUAAAUCUAAAACUUUUUUAUAUUUGCAAUUUUUUAAUUAUUUAGUGUAAAUUUAUAGCAAAAUACUUGUAUUAUAUUACCCUGGAAAUAGUUUAAAGAGCACCUAUUAUGGUUUUUCAAAUAUUACCUUUCAUGUAGUGUGUUAUAUAGCUGUUUGUGAAUGUAAAAAAGUCUGCAAAGUUUCAAAAAUCAAAGUGCACGACAAAAGGAGUUAUUGACUCCCAAAAGAAAGAACCGAUUCUGAACACCUGAAAUGAGUCUUUAGUAAUUCCAGACUUAUUUCCUGUACUAACCUACAUAAUUUGGUAACAAAAAACCUGCCUCUGGUCUUCAUUGGCUGCUCGCGGACCGCUUUGACCCGCCCUCAAACACUACACUAAGCGGUAGACCAAUCACAACAGACUGGGACAUCUGACCAAUCAGAGCAGAGUAGGCUCUCUGAAAGGAGGAGUUUAGAAUGAAUCCUUUAGAACGGAUCAUUGAAGGAGUCGUUUGAUACACGGGGAAAAAAAGGUAACGCUGCAAUUUAAAUUAUGAGCAAAUUAAAGUGUUUUUUGACCUUGGAUGCAUGUAAAUCUAUUGUAUGAGACCUUUAAAACAAAAUUAGGCACACUUAAAAAUCAUAAUAGGUGCUCUUUAAAAAAAUCAUUUACCGCAGAUGCGAAAAGGUUUCUAAUACAGCUGCUUGGAGAGUGAGAGUAAAUUUGCCACCAUCUCUCUUCUGACGGUCUUAAUCCAUCGCUCUCUAAUUUUUUCUCCAUUUGGAAAGUUGUGGAAACGUUGUAGUGGCAAUUUCUUUUGAUGUUGGAGCAAAUGUGUAAGCAAAAAUUAUAUUUGGCGUAGUCACCUGUUCACUCACAUUAACCGCUAUCUAAGUUUACCCUGCAAUUGUUUACUUCCGUGUUCAAAAACUCAGAAGUGUGAAAGCCAUUUGGAUUACUCUGUUCUAAAAUAUUUUAUCGGCUGAAAAUUGCUCUUACCUUUAGUCAGGAAGACAUUACUUUACAGAAUGCUUUUUUAAAUUUUUUAAAAUUUUUUGCAUUUCCUUCCAAAUUGUGUAAAUGCCACAGAUUCUUUUUGUAUUUCAUAUGAAAUUAGAAAUUAAAACCAACCUACUCUAAGAAGCAAAGUGAUAGUUUUCAAAGUUUGUUUACAAGUUCCUGCCUCUAAAGAUGUUGUGCUUGUUUUGGUGGGGAGGUAGAGCUUGAUUUUGCUUCUUCCAGAUUCUUUGCGUUUCAUGAGCUGAUGUGAGUUGCAUGUGCCAGAUCAGCAGGUCAUCAUGGCGUCCAGCAGUACGAGCAGUGAAGAGGAGAGGAGUUUGCGGGAGUGUGAGCGCUACGUGCAGAAGCACAACAUCCAGCAGCUGCUGAAGGAUUGUAUUGUGCAGCUGUGCACCUCCAGGCCUGACAGGCCCAUGGCUUUCCUCAGAGAGUACUUCGAAAGGCUUGAGAAGGAGGAAGCUAAACAGAUCAUCAGCCAGCAGAAGUCGAGCUCUCGUUCAGACUCCCGUGAAGAUGAGGUCUCUCCUCCCAUGAACCCUGUGGUUAAGGGCCGGCGGCGCCGUGGUGCCAUCAGCGCAGAGGUCUACACUGAAGAAGAUGCUGCUUCCUAUGUCAGAAAGGUCAUUCCUAAAGACUAUAAAACAAUGGCUGCCCUUGCUAAAGCGAUAGAGAAAAAUGUGCUUUUUGCCCAUCUCGAUGACAAUGAGAGAAGUGAUAUAUUUGAUGCCAUGUUCUCAGUCACCUACAUUGCAGGAGAGACUGUCAUUCAGCAAGGGGAUGAGGGUGAUAACUUUUAUGUUAUCGACCAAGGUGAAAUGGAUGUGUAUGUCAACAAUGAGUGGGUGACCAGUAUUGGAGAGGGUGGCAGUUUUGGUGAACUGGCUUUAAUCUACGGCACUCCCAGAGCAGCCACUGUUAGAGCAAAGACCAAUGUCAAGCUGUGGGGGAUCGAUAGAGACAGCUACAGGAGAAUACUCAUGGGAAGCACUCUGAGAAAGAGAAAAAUGUAUGAAGAAUUCCUUAGCAAGGUCUCCAUUUUGGAAUCCCUGGAUAAAUGGGAACGGUUGACUGUUGCCGACGCCCUUGAGACAGUCCAGUUUGAGGAUGGCCAGAAGAUUGUUGUGCAGGGUCAGCCUGGAGAUGAAUUUUUUAUUAUCCUUGAGGGGUCUGCAGCAGUCCUGCAGCGACGGUCGGAGAAUGAGGAGUUUGUGGAGGUUGGAAGACUCGCACCCUCUGACUACUUUGGUGAGAUUGCCCUGCUCAUGAACCGCCCUCGUGCUGCCACAGUGGUUGCUCGUGGUCCGCUAAAGUGUGUCAAACUUGACCGUCCCCGGUUCGAACGUGUGCUUGGUCCCUGCUCAGAUAUCCUGAAGAGAAACAUACAGCAGUACAACAGCUUUGUGUCUCUGUCCGUCUGAGAUGCAUUAGGCUCUUUCCUCCUCUAUUGCAGGGUCCACCAAUGCAAAUCCGCUUUAUUUUCAUACUUUUCUUUAUUUACUUUUCCAACACCCAGGUGCCCAUUCACUUCAGUGUUCUCUUUCUGUCUGUUUUUGGAUUUGUGCUGCACCCUGUCACGUUUGUAUCAAUCAUAGAUUUACCAUAAGGCUGAUUGUUAGUUUUGCCUGAGAAAUGAGCCAAUUAUUGUGCCACAGAUGCCUGUCACGUGAACAUAACUAAAAUUGAUCAGAAUUUUCUCUUGCCUCCAAAUUGCUCUAUAAGUUUCUCUGUAACAGUGUUUAGAAUGGAAGGAAAACUUUGGCAAGACUGACAGUUGUGUAGUGUAUCUACUCAGUAUGUUAUGAUGUAUUUUAAUUGAGCCAUUGAAGCGUUUCAGAUUCAGUUUUCCUUCAUUAAUUUCCAGCAUUUGAAUAUAGGGAAGCCAAAGGCAAAUCCAUGUGUGUUAUGUUGUUUUCUUGAGGGUACUGAAGUUUAAAUGUCACCGUGUUUAUCAUGGUCAUCAGCUUUGCUCUUUUAUUGUUAUAGCUGCACAUAUAGUGUAUGUAAAUGAUUAUAUAUUAGAAGUAAAUGACCAUAACCAUAUUGUUUUGCACAGUUUGAUAUCUAUAUAUACACAUAUAUAAAGAACUCUUUAUAUGUGCCUGCUGUUUUUCCAUUGUGGCAUUUGAUCCCAUUGCAUUGGGGGAACAAGCCUUUUUUUCAUACUCAGUUGGACGUCUGCUUUUCCUUCAUCCUCCAUGUUACAUGGACUCUUAUGUAGAGCAGACCAGGAUUAGUCAAAUCCCCAUUUGAAGUUACACUUUUUUUCACAUUUCCUUCUUUCUGAAAUGCCCUCUGCUGCAAAUGCAUUUGUUUGUGUCCCCCACAAAGGUAAUGUUAUUUUAAUUAAUUAUUUUGUUUGGUCAAAGAAAUUAUGGUGGAAAUUAGUACGGAAAAGUCUAAUUGUUGAUAAAGUUGUUUAAUAGUUAAUAUCGGGAGAGUUAAAGAAAUGUAACCGUUGUUGUUAAUGGAGUAUUUUUUAUACUUGUCUGUAAAAACUGAGCUGGUGAUACUUUGUGACUGACUGAGAAUGUGAGUAUCCUCUUUUUACGCAACAGGAAGUGGCUACUUGGUGACCUCCUUGGCCCACAGAGAUUUUUCCCAUUAGCUUCUCUCUCUCUCUCUCUCUCUCUGAGAUUGCAUGUAAACGUCUUUGAAAUCCCAAAUGUUGUUCUUUCUCAUUUGUUUGCUGAAAAACUAAACCACAUCCAAGUAUGUGGAUAAUUGGGAAGGGCUAAGAAUUUGCUAAUUGUUUUCAAAUUUUAAAUGUCCUUUUUUUUUUUUUUUUUUUAUUAGAUAAUUUAUGCUACUCAUAAUUAAAUCAAAGUCUUAAAACAGGGACAGUAUUUACCGCUUGUGUUAAGUUCAUGGUGUCUGUGUGGCAUUAGGUUUGGGAUCCAUACAAUAUUAUGAAAUAGAUUGGCGAUCCACUGCUGCCACCACCUUAAUCUCUUAUCAGAUAUUGGUCUUUAUGGAUAGGGUUUUCUGAGCUGUGUACAGUUUUAUUGGGUGAUACAAUAUAGUGUUAACAGUUGCUAAAUUUAGAUUUUAAUUGUCACACUUGUUUUAUUUUGAAUGAAUUGAUUUGUAUUUUAACUUUGAUUUUUUUUUCCAUACGUGUUUGUUAUACAGACAUGUAGUAUACAGAUACACAGCUCCUUUAUACCGCAGACUCAUGUUAUUGCAAGUGCCAGAUUUAUUGUUUUGAUUUUGCUUUCCCCCUAAUAUAUUCAUAACUGUUCUGUCAGCUUGAGACCUGUAUUACUUUUAAACUUCAAUAUUUUAUUUCAUCCUUAUAUGGUCUCCAUAAGAGUGUAAUUGAUUAGUAGACACAGAGUUAUUUAUUCAGAUGUAAAGCUCCAGUAAUCUGGGGUGUGCCCAGAACUUUCCCAAAAUUGCUUUGAAUAUUAAAGCAAGAGACCAGUGAAUUUUGUUGAAAUUUUGUUUCUCCUGUUGUCAUUCCAUAACACUUGAAUUGGCAUGUCAGUGCAACUGUCUAAAAUAAGAUUUUUACUUACAUGCUCAUUCACAGAUUUCUGCCACUCUAAUUCCAAGAUUUUAUUUGAAAUUCAGAAUCAGUAAAAUCGUGGUGCUGUAGCUUCAAAACCACAGAAUUUGCUACCCUUAAUUGCAGGGGAUGUAAAAUUUCAAAUACGAUAUAGCCUUUUGAUUAACUGUUCCACUGUAUUUUCAAGUGGCUUAUGCCUUAUGAUGGGGUGGAAUAAAUGAACAUGUUUAAUUGUUUAUAAUGAGUUGUCCUCAUAUUGUAAAUUGUGACACCAUUUGAUUUAAUUGCUUAAUAGUGUACUGAUUAUAGCUUGUGCACUGUUCAAUUAACUUUAUUUUUUGGCUGUGCAGAAUUUAUGUUGCAGUUUUAGUCAACUAAAUGGAACCAUCAAUCUUUUCCCAUUGUCUUUUGUUCUGUGAAAAGAUUUAAUGGUUUUGUACCACCACAAUUGCAAUGUUCUCUUCAUUUUAUGAUUUUCAACAACUUCAGGCCCUGUAUCUUCAAGAACAUUCAGUGGUACUUUGGAAAGGUGUUUGUAUUAGCCCUCAUACUUUUUUGUAGCUUGCUUUUCAUUCCCUGUGACUUCCGGUGGCGUUUUCUUCUGAAGUUUUCAGUAAAAUGAUGUUAUAGUAUUUACAGGGGUAUUUAUAUAUUUGGUCGUAAGCUUUAUCAUCAGGGCUUAGAGUCUCCAAUUCACAUGUUCUUCAGCUGUUCGGUUUGUCAAACCCUCAGCACAGAGAGGUAUAAAACGUCAGAGGACCAUUUUUCUAUUAUUCUUUUUCUAUAACUGUAUACGGUUUGAUUUCAUUGGAUGUGCUCAAGUUGUAACCCUUUUGGUAUAGAUUGUCCCAAUGGCAGGUCAAGCAAUAAAAUGAUUAAUUCUUGAA